AUCCGGUUGCAUGGUCCAGGAGGUGUCGGAGUGGGUCUGGUUGCCAGAGGCCGGGAUUCUGAGCGCGCAGUAAACCCCGAGGGAGCUGGAACCUGGGAUACGGAGGAAACCCAGACAUUUUCCAGCAAGAAGAAGAAUCUGGAGCAGAGCUAGGGCCCAAUGGCGGCAAGACCCCAGCCGAGCAUUCCCAAGAGCAGGAGCCUGGGCAGUGUUGCCAAUGGCAGCGCCGACUCUCAAGGGCAGUGGGGUCGUGCUUGGGAGGUGGACUGGUUUUCCUUGGCCAGCGUGCUCUUCCUGCUGCUCUUCGCCCCCUUCAUUGUGUACUUCUUCAUCAUGGCCUGCGACCAGUACAGCUGCUCACUGACCGCCCCCGUGCUGGACCUCGUCACCGGCCGCGCUCGGCUGGCCGACAUCUGGGCCAAGACUCCUUCAGUGACCAAGGAAGCGGCCCUGCUCUAUGCCACGUGGGUCACGUUCCAGGUGGCCUUGUACUCGCUGCUUCCCGACUUCUGCCAUAAGUUCCUGCCGGGCUACCUUGGUGGAGUUCAGGAGGGCGCAGUGACCCCUGCAGGGGUUGUCAACAAGUACCAGAUCAACGGCCUGCAGGCCUGGCUGGUCACCCACCUCCUCUGGGCCACCAAUGCCUACCUGCUGUCCUGGUUCUCGCCCACCAUCAUCUUUGACCACUGGAUCCCGCUGCUGUGGUGCGCCAACAUCCUGGGCUAUGCCGUGUCCACCUUCGUCAUGAUCAAGGCCUACCUGUUCCCCACCAGCGCCAAGGACUGCAAAUUCUCAGGCAAUUUCUUUUACAACUACAUGAUGGGUAUCGAGUUCAAUCCCCGCAUCGGCAAAUGGUUUGACUUCAAGCUGUUCUUCAACGGACGGCCGGGGAUCGUGGCCUGGACCCUCAUCAAUCUGUCCUUUGCCGCUAAGCAGCAGGAACUGUAUGGCCGAGUAACCAACUCUAUGGUCCUGGUGAACGUCCUGCAGGCCAUCUAUGUGCUGGACUUCUUCUGGAACGAAACUUGGUACCUGAAGACUAUGGACAUCUGUCACGAUCACUUUGGGUGGUACCUGGGCUGGGGGGACUGCGUCUGGCUGCCGUACCUGUACACACUGCAGGGCCUGUACCUGGUCUACCACCCGGUCGAGCUGGCCACGCCGCAUGCUGUGGCCAUCUUGUUCCUGGGCCUGCUGGGGUACUACGUCUUCAGGAUGGCCAACCACCAGAAGGACCUGUUCCGCCGCACAGAUGGCCGCUGCCUGAUCUGGGGCCGGAAGCCGCGGGCCAUUGAGUGCUCCUACAUGUCGGCCGAUGGGCACAGACACCACAGCAAGCUGCUCGUGUCGGGCUUCUGGGGCGUGGCCCGCCACUUCAACUACACGGGCGACCUGAUGGGCAGCCUGGCCUACUGUCUGGCCUGCGGCGGCGGCCACUUGCUGCCCUACUUCUACAUCAUCUACAUGGCCGUGCUGCUCGUCCACCGCUGCCUCCGUGACGAGCACCGCUGUGCGCACAAGUACGGCAGCGACUGGGACCGCUACACCGCCGCCGUGCCCUACCGCCUGCUGCCCGGCGUCUUCUAGGGGCCGCGAGGCUGCCGGGGACCUUUCUCUGCACUCUGAGACCGAGUCGCCAUCAGCCUCCUCACCCGCAGGAAAGGGUCGUCCCUUGGUGACACCACUUGGUGACAGCAUGCCCUCUCACGGCUGGAGACCCGGGAGCCACCCAGCCCAGACAAACUCUGACACAUGACGGGGAGCCCUCUGUUCCUGGGUGUCAGGACUGUAUCCCUCCUGCUGGGUAAAGCAGGAGUGUCAGAGAAGGUGGGCGCCCCCCAAGGGGGGUCCCCAAACCUGCUGUUAGCACCUAAGAGCUGGGCCCUGGAGCCCUGGCCUUCUCAGCGAGCGUUGGCUUAGACCACCAGCAGGGGAUUCCAAGGGACGGGCCAGCCUGAUUACCGGCGGCUGUUUUGCUUCCCCUUGAGCACCUUUCGGGGGCGGGGGUGGUGGUGCGGGAUCCCUGGUGGUCCCCUGUCCUG